AUGAAGUGGGCCAUAGAGCUAAGCCUAUACGACCUCCUCUACCAACCGAAGACUGCAAUAAAAGCCCAAGCCCUAGCAGACUUUGUUGCAGAAUUCACAUCAUUGGCCAAAGAAGAGAAGCUGGUCAGCAAAAAGAAGGAAAGUUUGAGAGUAUACCAGACCUCCACUGAACUUGACCAACCCAGAAACAUAUGGCAGUUGCGCGUAGAUGGAGCGUCGAACCAGAAAGGAGCUGGAGCAGGCGUCAUCAUCAUCACCCCGAAUGAAACCCUGCUAAAGCAAGCUAUCACGCUUGGCUUCCCGGCUUCAAACAACGAGGCAGAGUACGAGGCAUUGCUCGCUGACAUACGCUCACAGGCGACAAGCCUCAUCUCCAUUGCAGACAAGCUGCUUAACGAAGCACAAACUCAAUUGGAGUCUUUUUCGAGCAUUAUGUCCCUGACAUAUGCUCACAUGCGACAAGCCUCAUCUCCAUUGUAG